UGUUCGGCUCUUCCGUUUCACUUUCAGUUGCUUUCGAAUUGUCCGCCAAAUUGGACGCUCCAAGUGGCCAUCAUCAGAAAUCAGUUCCGAGCCUAUGCCACGGGCAUAAGCUAAGUCUAAGCAGCACCAGCAGUACUAAAUAAAAACCACAAAAACGACUCAAGCUACCAAAAGCCAAACCGUCAAGAGCUUAACCAAAAAAUCAAAGGAUCCUCGCUUAAGUUUCAGUGAAUAAAAUAAAAACGGAAAUACAAAUCAAAGAAAAACCAGGAGCACUAGGAGAAAAAAUAGGAAAAGCAAAUUUUUAAUUGUCUAGUGGAAGAUCGUUGCCCGAUGGGGCAGAGUAGCAAGUCUGGAGGGUCUGGAGGCGGUGGCGGCGUGGUCUGCCCCUCGACGGCCAUCAGUAUCGGUGGCUGUGCCUCUGGCACGGCCCUAAUUUCGCUAGAUGCAUCUGGACCUGGUGGUGGCGGUGGAGCCGGAGAUGGUGAGCCGGAACGUGGAACUUGGACGGGUCGAUUCGAUUUCCUGCUCUCCCUGCUGGGCUAUUCCGUGGGACUCGGAAAUGUGUGGCGCUUUCCAUAUCUGUGCUACAAUAAUGGCGGUGGAGCUUUCCUUAUACCAUUUACCAUCAUGUUAGUGAUUGCCGGAUUACCGCUCAUGUUUAUGGAACUGUCGUUUGGCCAAUAUGCUGCUUUGGGACCGGUCGCCGUCUACCGGAGAUUCUGCCCCCUGUUUCGAGGCCUGGGCACUGGAAUGAUCCUCGUCUCGGCCAUAGUCAUGCUCUACUACAACCUGAUCAUCGCCUGGACCAUUUUCUACAUGUUCGCCUCGUUUGGCACCAAGUUGCCGUGGCAGAACUGCGAACCUGCCUGGAGUACAAAAUAUUGCUUCUCCUACGCCCAGGCGGAUCAGUGUGAGGCCACCAAUGGCACCUACUACCUGCGCACCUGCCACAAUGCCACAUCCGCAUUGGAGAACAACAUCACGGCUUUAGCCCUCACUGCCCUGAAGCGUCCACCAGCUGAGGAGUACUUCAACAACUUCGUUCUGGGCCUGUCCAAGGGCAUCGAGGAAACAGGCAGCAUUAAGUUGUCAUUGGCCGCCUGCCUCUUCCUGGCCUGGGCCAUUGUCUUCCUCUGUCUCUGCAAGGGCGUUCAGUCCUCCGGCAAAGUGGUCUACUUCACGGCCCUGUUUCCCUACGUUGUCCUGGUCAUCCUCUUCAUCCGGGGUGUCACAUUGCCCGGUGCCAGCACUGGAAUUCUCUUUUACCUCACGCCGGACUGGAAGCAGUUGGCCAAUGCUCAGGUUUGGGGUGAUGCUGCAGUCCAGAUAUUCUUCGCCUUGAGCCCAGCCUGGGGAGGUCUAAUCACGCUCUCCUCCUACAACAAGUUCUCCAACAACUGCUACAAGGACUCACUUAUUGUGGCCUUUUGCAAUAUUGCCACCUCGUUCUUUGCCGGUCUGGUGAUCUUCUCCAUCAUUGGAUUCCUGGCCCAUGAGCUGAACGUGGAUGUGGAGAAGGUUGUGGAUCAGGGAGCUGGUCUGGCCUUCAUUGUUUACCCAGAAGUGGUCACCCGUCUGCCCAUCUCUCCAGUUUGGGCGGUUCUGUUCUUCGUGAUGCUGCUGACCCUGGGUCUGGACUCCCAAUUCGCCCUGAUGGAGACCGUAACCACCGCUAUCUUGGACAGGUUCCCCAAUCUCCGGCAGUACAAGAUCUGGGUGGUGCUCUCUGUGGCCAUUUUUGGAUACAUUGGAGGACUCGGCUUCACCACUAAUAGCGGCAUGUACUGGCUUCAGUUGAUGGACAAGUAUGCCGCCAAUUGGUCAGUCCUACUGAUUGCCAUUUCGGAGUGCAUCCUUAUUGCCUGGAUCUAUGGCUCCCAGCGGUUCCUUAACGACAUCCAGGGAAUGAUUGGCAAGCGAUCCUGGUUCUGGAAUUUCUUCUGGGGCAUCAUGUGGCGAUACAUUACCCCGGCUACCCUAUUGUUCAUCCUCUUCUUCAACUGGGUGGAAUACAAACCAGCUAAAUACGGACACUAUGUGUAUCCUUUGUGGGCCGACACUGUGGGAUGGAUCAUUGGCUUGUUGCCUGUUCUGGUCAUCUUCCUGGUGGCCUUCCAAGAAAUCUGGAAGGCCCCGAAGCAGCUGAGCUUCCGGGAGCGGAUCAAGCUACUGCUUCAGCCCACCGCCGAAUGGGGACCUGCGGGCAGACCUUGUGUCAACCUACAUGCGGAACGGUACCAGAGCCAGAACUACGAUGGAGUGACCAACACUCAGAUUCUCAUUGAAAAGGAACCUACAUCGCCCAAACAAAAGGAGGCUGCCAAGAAGCCAAAGCCAUUGACCCUGGAUGUGGAUGUGGACGUAGAGAGUCUGCCCUUGGCUACGGUGAACAAGCGACCAGGUCCUGGCAUUACAAAAAGUAUGGGCAAACCGAGUGGUGACACGAAGAAUCCACAAGCACCAGCCAAAAACGGAACUCACAAGUCGCCGACCACCGAAAUCAGUCCCAGCAAACAGCCUCUCAUACCUCCCGAAAAAACAGAGACAGACAAGUCGGCUCCCAAAAAGGAUGGGGUGGCCACCACAAAAGUCCUGGCCGCAGGAACCUUGAGCAGUGGCCGUGAAUGCACCACAAUGUCGACAUUCGCGGGCGGUGGGGAGAAGCACUCAACCACAGUCAAUUUGGCGGCAACAACUAAGCCAACGCCAGCAGCAAUUGUUGCAUGUCCGGCGACAACGGCUGCCUCUUCUAUUCCAGGGAAGGCAUUGCCACAGGGACAAUUAGCGCUAGCCCCGUCCGGGGCAACAGUCACCACAAGUGUGAAGGUCACCUUUUCAAAUGGGGCGAAUGUGAAAAGCACUCCAGCAGCAACAAUUUCUUUAGGAUCAGCCAACGGCAAAGCUACAUCUGCAGCAACAGUCUCUAAUGGAAGUACAGGUGCUAAUGUCACGUCUGUCCCAAAAGCAACACCAUCGGCAACAGUUGCUAGUGGAUCAACUUUGUCCAAGGUAGCGCCAUCACCAAUAGUUGCUACUGGAUCCUUGAAUACUAAGGCAACUCCAGCAGCAACAGUUGCCAGUGGUUCGUCAAAUACCAAGGCAACACCAGGAGGGGUGUCUAACUCUAAAGGAACUAUGCCUGCAGCAAAAGUUGCUGGUGGUGCCUUGAAUACCACAGCAACUGCUGCAGCAAAAGUUGCUCCUUUAAACGAAAAAUCACAGUCUUCAGCUCCAGAAAAAGCAGCAGAAAAAUCAGCUUCAAUUAAACCGACAAUAGCUGGCACUGCAACAGCAACUGCAGUUAAACCAACUUAUAGUAUAGCGGGCACAAAGGACAAGAGUGCAGCAAAUAUUGCGGCCGCCAUGGCGCCGGUAAAAUCAACAGCAAUCGCCACGCCUCCUGCAACCACAUCAGUUGCUGCACCAAAAGUAAACACUGAUUCUGGCUCAAAGCCAACGGCUCCUCUAUCAACAUUUAAGCCAGAAGCGAAGCCAGCAGCAACCACAUCCAGCAACAAGGGCAAUACAUCGGCAAUAAAUACAAAAGCCGGGAAAACAAAAAGCAAGGAAAUGAGUCCUACAAAAGCGUCGGCCAAACCCAUAAAAACCGGGACAACAAGCCCCACAAAAGGAGCUAUAAAUACUAAGUCAAUGCCAGCCAGUGGCAACAAGUCAACAGCAACAACAUCACCGGCAACAGGCAGCAAGAAGGCGGCAACAUCAUUAGCAACAACACCAACCACCGGUAAGAACACAGCAACCACAUCGGGCAGUCAGGCCAAAACGAAAGCCAAUUCAUCAGCUGCAGCAACUAAAAAGUAAGAAUCUGUACUUCAAAAUCCGGAUGCUCUUAAUUAAGGUAAACAAACAAAAAAGUGGUUCAGCCUGUAGUUCCCAAUAUCGAACACUAUUUUUAUAAGUAUAUAUAACGUAUAUAAAUGUGUAAGUGUGUGUUUCUAUCGAGCUAGGACAACAAGAGCUGUUGCCAACUAAAAAAACAAAAAGAAAACAAACCAGUUAAGCUGUAAAUUCAUAGUCUAAUUAGGAGACUAUUUAUGUAAAAGAAAUCAAAUAUAUUAUUUGUUUUCUUAUUAUUUGGAUUGGCAAGGCGGCAAGGUGACGAAGAGAAGAAUGAACCUUCAUGUUUCCUAUACAAAAGUACCUAUUUAUCGAACAUCAGUGUGUGGGAUAGCUGUUCCUUAAAACCUAAUUUCGUAUGGAAGGACAGGGGAAGGACGAAAGACUCGAUCGUAAUUACCGAACAAGUUAACGUAGAAUUUAGAAAAGGAUCCUGUUGUUGUUGUUUAUUUGAUUAAAGUGAAGAAUCAUUUUGUGUGUACUGUCCACCACCAUGGAUCGUACCCAGUGAACCCAAGUAAUUCGAGAGCAAUGUUGAAAAGUGCAAUGGAAACGUUCAGUUUUAAAAAUAUAUAUAAAUUUAUAUAAAAAUAUACAAGGAUUAUAACUAAUCUAUUUAUACAAAUGUCAGAUGUCAUUUGAUUGGUUUUUUUCUACAGUAUAUAUAUUUUUAAGAAUAUUUUGGAAAGAAAGAAAACAGAGCCUAACGUCGAUGGGAUUUUACAUUUGUUUAUACUGCGUAGGAGUUGUAUACAGAACACAGACAUCACCCGGAUAGCCCGGAAAAUGUAGUUCUUAAUCUGUAAAUCUAUAUAGAUCUAUGUGGCGCUCAAUCUGUAAUCUAUGUUUUCUAUGCUAACGAGAGACUCAUGUACCUAAAUGUUAAUCAAGUUGCAACAAAUCCCCAUUUGUCUGCAUUUGUAUAGUUAAGCGAAAGAUAUUUAGAAAUGUUUUAUGUGUGUGGAGUAGGUCAACACUAAGUUGAAGCUAAUAAAAAUGAAAAUGAAAAACAAAAAAUGCUCACGAGAUAACCGAUAACCGGAUAAAAACAAUAAUUAAAAAGUACAUUUCUACAAUUUAUAUAACCAUUGUUGUGUAUUCAUGUUGAAAAUAUACUAAAUAUAUAUAUUGAAAUAUACGUGUUUGUACCUGUAGUUAGUUGAUAAAAUCAAUAUACCUUAACGAAACAAUUAUUUAUGAGAUAUAUAUCAGUUGUUCCUCAUUUAACAUGUUUCUAUAAAGUUGUUGAAACUAUUAUUAAAUCUGUAUUUCAUGACACCUUUGAUUUCGUCCCAAAAAAUGUGUGAUAAAUUAUUUGCUCCGGCUCAAAAUAAUUUUCAAUUUUGUGUCAAACAUACUUGAGAUGUAAGUUAAGCAAUUGGAAACAGGAAUAUAUAUAUAUAUAUUAUAUUAGACGAAAAAAUGUUGUAAUUUGAGUUCGUUGUUGUUGUUUGUUUAGCGCAGUAGCUGUGACACAAGCCUAAUUGCAUAUGUACCUAGAGCCUAGAUCCUAGAACCUAAAACCUAAAACCUAAACCGGACAUAUAACAACAUCUAUGUAUGUGGAAUAUAAUUAGGCCAUCGAUGUUGCAUGUUUGUUAGUUUAAAUGGAUGUGUACCUGUCAACAUGAUAAUGACAAACUCUCUCCUAAGCAAAUUAUCAAAAAUAUUAAUUAGGAACUAUUUAAUGGCUGUUAAAAAACCAAAAAGAGAAUAAUUAUGUAAAAAUUAUAAUCCACACAGUGUCAGAUAAAUGUUAAAAAUCGUAAAGCCGCAACAGCUCAAAUCGAGGGUAAGCCAAAAUUAGCCAAGCAAAAAAAUUAACUGUCAAUUCGAAAAAUUGGACAAAAUAAUUAUAAUUUUAACAUUUAAUUGGCAAAGAAUAAUCUAGAGUAAGAAGAGUUUACUUUAAACCCCCAAACAGAGGAGCUUCAAAUUUUAUAUAAGAUUUUGGGAUACCAACGGAAUAGAUAAAAAAAUAUAUUUCAAAGAACCUGGAAAGCACUAUACAAGUAAUUAAAUAAAUGUAAUUCAUAUCCUUCUGACGACCCGAAGACCCACAAAUAUAUGUAUGAGAAUCCUUCAACCAGAGACCCACCAGUUCAAUGUACACAGAAAAAAAUAGAUAAAUCUCUAAUUGUGCAUGAUCAACAAUAAAUAUCCAUAAAAAGUGCAAACGGAAUAAUUUAGAAAUAAGCGAAAUAUAUAUUCAGUUUAUGCAUUUUAAGCAAACAUAUAUUUAGCAACCUCUAAAAGCUAAAAAGAAAUAAAAAAAAUAGUUAUUUUAAAGCGAAAGAAACAGUCAAAAAAAUUAAAAUUACUCUCAUUUAAAAACAGAAAAAGAUUUAAAGUCAAAAUCAAACUCACAAAUUGCUUAAACCAGGGCCGAAUUAUGUAUACAGAAUAUCUUAUUAAAAUAAAUGUAUAAAACCUUUGCUGUUCUGGUAAUCAAAAAUAUAUGUUAUAUCAAAAGUAAAUCGUAAGUCAGUACUACAACAUAUUCCAAGGAUGCCAAACAUAAAAAAGUAAUCGGAAAUAAUUUAAAUAUAACUAUGUUAAAAUGUAACAAUAAGAAUGGAAAAACAAUAUUCAUAAUAAAUAUUUAUGGGUUUUAA